UACACUUUUUAUGCUGUAAACCUAAUGCAUGUAUUUUUGUAGUGUCAACAGGACACCACCCUCAAUGAUGGCCAGAAGGCAAGGGCGAGAGGAUUUCUAAGAAUUGCCACGGAUGGCGGAAUCCUCAAGUUCUGCUGCUUUAUGUCAGAUGUUCUUCACCAGCUUGGCAGUCUGUCCAAAACCCUGCAAAGAUCUGGGUUAGUCCUAUCUGAGACCCACAGCUGCAUGUCGUCCACCCUGGCAGUUUUGGAGAAGUACAAAUCAAGACCUGGACCUAAGCUUCGAGCUGUUCUGGAAGAAGACGCCUAUGAGGGAAUAAUCUUAACCGCUACAAAUCACGACUACCAUGCCAAUACCAGGGGUGCACUUCUGGACGCACUGACCCAUUGCAUCACAGCCCGUUUUAGCGGCAUGAGCAGUACUCUCCUGAGAGCCAUGCGACUGCUGGAUUUCCAAUAUUGGCCAGAGUCUGACCCAACUGCCGAUUUUGGGGAUGAAGAGUUGGAGUGUUUGGUGGGCCAUUUCCGACCUCUUAUAGAGUCUGCUGGAGUCAACGCCUCACUCAUCCUGGACCAGUGGACUGCCUUGAAGUGUCAGCUAUACAAAGAAAUCUUUGAGAGGACCUGGCCAUCAAUCAACAGAAGGUGUCGACACAAUUUUCCGGACGUCCUGGAUGUCUUUGACUGCAUUCUGUCCAUUCCAGCCACAACAGCAGACUGCGAUCGUGCAUUUAGCAUAAUGAAGCAGCUCAAAUCUGACUGGCGCUCCAGCCUCAAAACUGAGAGACUGAAUGACCUUCUGAAGGUGCAGCUCAGCUCACCUGAUAUUAAGGACUUUGACCCUUGCUCAGCAAUUGAAAUCUGGCAUGCAGACUGUGUGCGGUCACGAAGACCUGACUUUGUACGUCAGGAAAAAAAUGUGGGUCUUGAACGUGGCACUGAAUCAGAUAGUUCGUCUGAAUCUGACUGUAAAAGUGAUGAAAUGGAAUAAAACUGAACAGUGAAUAGUGCGAAGCAUAAUAUGUACAUUGUGUAU